AUGGCGGCACAGAGGCUAUAUCGGUUAGAACUAGAAGAUCCAAAGGAAAACGUGUUUGUUACUCAGUUAGGAGGAGACAGCAAUUACGAUGGCGAUAAUGUACAACGAUAUGCUAUUGUCAAAGAGUCGGCAGAUAAAUUACUAGAUACUGGCAUCAAUACUUUACAGUCAACAUUAUUGCUUAAGAAAGAGAUUGAAGUCGAUCAAGUACAAAAUGAGCUUGACGCUAAACGGGAAGAAUUUGCACGUCGUAUGCAAGCUUGCACUGAAAGACGAGUAGAGUUGGAAAAGAAGCAACAGACUAUUAAAGAUAGAAUUCAAAAAUUUGAAAAAUUUCUAAAUGAAAAUGAAGCCAAAAGGAAAAGAGCUAUUCAAAAAUAUCAAGUCGAGCAUAGAACAAGAGAACAAAAAACAGUAGAGCUAGAGUUACUAAAACAGCAGCUCGCAGAAUAUCAACAGCAGAAUCGACGAUUGAAAUUGCUUGUAGAAAGAUAUUCAGUAUUUGAAAAGUUCUUGCAAUUAGUAGUCGAACGCUUACCAGAAAAAUAUUUAGAAACUAAUGACUCAAUUAUUCGGGCUCUGAUGAUGCGACAUCAAACUCUUAAUUCUACUAAUAAACGAUUGUUAAAGCAACUUCAUGCAGCUACUGAUGAGAUUGAAAAUCGACAUCAAAAAUAUUUGGAGCUAAAACAAACAUUUGAACAUCAGCUUCUUGUAUAUAAUGGGAAAAUUGCUUCAAAGCAAAAUAAAUUAGAAGCAGGGAUUAAUAAGAAUAAUGCGUUACUUCAAGAAUUAGCCGAUAGUAGCAACAUUAAAAGGAAUCAGAGUCAGUUGUUAGGGCAGAUAUGCAUGGCUAUCGGUAAUAUAGCUGAGCACUGUCAACGAAAACAUGCUAAACCUAUAAGUAGUCUAUCCCAUGUUCAGCAGUUAACAAAGAUACAGGAAUUUAUUAAGGAGAAAGGAGAAAUUCAAAAGAUGGCUAAGCAAUAA